AUGGAAAAAUAUCAAAAAUUGUCUUUUCAAUUUAAACAUCAAAAUGGCCGAAAAAUCAUUAAAAAUAUUAAUUAUUUAAUAAUUUUUAUUAUCUCCAUGUUUCUUAUUAUAAUGAUUUGUUCUUCAAUAUACAGGCCUAAUACAAGUAAAAAAGAUUAUGAUUGGGUAGAAAUUACCCAAACAAAAAAAUCAGCAGAUAAAAAUGAAAACAAAAAAUAUUAUGAACAAUGGCUAGAACCUUUAGAUUCUGUCAGAGAAAUGCCGGAAUUUGAUCGUUUUAUUUAUACCAGAACGAUGAACGGAGGACUUGGGAAUCAAAUGUAUCGUUUCGCUAGUCUCUACGCAAUGGGAAAGUUGCUUAACAGAACACCUGUUUACAUUCAUGAUGACUCUACAAUGCAUCAAAUAGAUAAAGAACUAGCUCAUGCUUUCCCUAAUUUUCAUUCAAAAAUUUAUUUUUUGAGGAAAAAUGUGACAGAUAUUCACUCAAUUGCUUUUGCUAAAGAAUGCUGCGAUUAUAAUGAUCCAAAAAUACUUUUGGGUCAAAAUAAAGGGAGAGCGUUAAUGUUAACGGGUGAACCUGUUUUUGAAAAUACUCGAUACUUUAAUCAUAUGCGACCACAAAUCCUUAAAAUAUUUGAAUUUGGCAAAGAACUUGUUUCAAAAGUUACUGCUAUAAAGGAUAAGAUUAUUAGUGAGGAUAAAUCACACAAAAUAUGCAUUCAUACACGUGUAGGUGAUUUUACAGGUAUGGGUGAAUCACAAACUGGCGAGAUAAACAAGGCGCUUAUCCGGAUAAUAAAAAUUUUAAAGAGGCUAUUGAAAAACAAGACUUAUUCAUUGGUACUCUUUGGAACUGACAAAGGGUUUUUGACGACAAUUAAAGCUGAAGAGCCAAUAAGUAAAGUUCACUAUGUUGCCGACUUAAAUCUGUCUCGUGGAGAGGAACUAAACUUUGCUCAACAAAUAUGCGAUUCAUUCCUCGAUACUGCUGAUCUUUCUUCCUUUGCUGCCUGGAUGGGAUAUCUAAUGCCUGAAGAUCGACCAAUUUUCUUCAUAAGAAGAUUUAGGAAAGGCUCUUUAAUAGAUUCAUUAUCAAUGCUGCCUGAAAGUUGGAUUCCUCUAGAUGAAAGUUGGCUCAAAAAUUAA